AGCAACCGGCGCCACUCCUCCAGUCCAGUGAUACUACCGAAGGCGCGCCUAUUAUGGGAUCCAGAAUCCUGAUGUGUGCGGUGCUCGCUGUGGUGCUGGCACUGCCGCUUGAGACCCCAGCUGCAGCCGGGUUGUCUCGGGGACGGCGAUUCGCCGAGGAGGAGGGCGACGACGACUCGUGGGCCGUGCGCACCUUCAGCCAGCGGGGGCGGCCCGCCUACCAGCACCACGGCACCAGAGAUGCGAUCGAAGACGCCGCGGCCGAGGAGUCGGUGCGCCAGGUGGAGGUACAGGCGGUGCAACGGUCGACGCCCGGCCCGCGGUACCUGCCGACGCCGGCAGCCAGGAGGAAGGAGGCGGGCAAGCACGAGGGAAAGCCCAAGUCGACGCCGGGACCCAAGUACCUGCCCACGCCGUCCACCACCGCCUACACGGACGCGGACGACGUCACCAAAGCGACGCGCCAGGAGACCACGUGGUACACCGAGACUUCGUCUCACGUCCGUUCUUCCACAACGAGGAGUGAUGUCGGCAGUACGGUGUCGAGGGCGGCCCCGUCGACGACGCAAGAGAUCAGCAACGACGUACGCACGAAACCCAGCCAGCGACGAGGACGCGUCCGCUACAGGAGCACUGUGUCAGAGACCAGGACGAGGAAUUCUCCGGCGCCCCGCGCCUCCCGCAGGAGAACGACUCAUUCCACAACGGCGUCCAGCGUAGACGAGAAGAUCGCGACUCCAGAAGGCGGAUUCGGACGCGUGCACUCUCAAGCUACAGUUACCAAACGGCUGACUGACAGCGUGACGUCGACGACGACUUCCAAGCCGCAAAGUAACAAGCCCUCGACAUCGACGCCGGCGGCGCAGAACGCAUCGGCAAACAAAAGCUCGGGCACUAAUACACCUGCAAAGAAAUCGAAGCAGAACACGACGGCACACGCUGCUGGAACACUAGAAACUCAACAGAUACCUGCCUCUUUCUGGAAAAGCUUGAGAGAAGAACUUCUGAACACUGCCGCGGAGGAAGGAGCGGAGACUAAGAAAGAGGUCCGCGAAACAAAAGACUCCGCGGCUACUGAAAAAGCGGGGACGAGCGGCAAAGAGGUGAAAGCGAAAGGAAGUACGGAAGGUAAUAGCUCAUCAACCAAGUCUUGCAGCCAUUCCAGCGGCGAGGAGAAAGGUAACCACACCGUGGCUCCGUCACGACGCAAAGCAAAUGAAUCUUCUAAAGCGUCGGCGGCUCCUCGGUCGGCGGUGACAAAAGCAGCCAACCACGCGAGCAGCAAAGCUCCGGCAGUCACGGCCGCCAAGUCUUCUCAGUCGACGGCAGGGCGCCAGGCUUCGGCGAAAGACUCCUCGACUCCCGCUUCCGGGGGGACCACGCCCCUCACGCGGGAAACGUCGACAAGUCCACCGGAGAAGAAGCAACCGGAGCCGCAGAAGCAGGAGGCGUCGGCGAAGAAAGCGGAGCCCGCGGGCGACGCUAAGCGUCCUUCCGAGCCGACGACCGCAGGCACCGUGAAUCAGCAGAAAGUGACGCCCGCGGCGUCGUAACGCGCGACUCCGCAGAGCGAGCGACCCGAGACGGGGGCCUUGCCUUUCCCCUCACUUACUGUGAUUAUGACGCGACUGUAAUACCUCUGCGAUCCGACUCAGACUUCCAAAGACAAUUCAGUGACUGCCGCAGAACUAAUUGUUUACCGACAUGCUUUCACUGUUCCUGACAACUUUAUCUUCGCAUUUUAUUUCAAUGGAACACCUUACACAGAAUGUAACCGGACUACCUGAGAGACGAUUUUAGGACAUGAAGACAUUGAUUUAGAAGAGGAAGUUGCUACACAUUUUCAUUAUUAUAUAAGACCCCGACUGUCAUAUUGAACGUAAUGGCCCUUGGUUUGUAUUUCUUAGAUAGAGGAUACCAGCAGCUAUAGGACUCUACUGACACGUUUUGUAACUAUUUUAAAUACAUUACUGACUGAGCUGACAUGCUGACGAUCGCCAGAGAUGGUAUGUGAUGUGGCGAAGUAUAGUUUCAUGUUGUCUCAGACGACGUCAAAGCACGUCAGCGACCUGAAGGUUCCAUUUGUAAAUAAGACCAGGGAAUAUUUCUCUGUACUCAGUGUAAAUAGUGUGACCCAUCUGUUAAUUCAUAUUUAGAUUAAGUAAUUUUUAAUUAUUGUAAUAUGGUUGGCGACUGGUUGCUAACAUUCUAAGGAGUGAUUUGGUCCGUAACUCAAAUACAGAAGUGAAAUCCUGUUGCAUAUGGCAAUGGCAUGCAUGAUCUUAGAUCAUAGGCGAAGUUUUUGUUCCAUGACUCUGAAAAUAUUGAAGAUUUGAAAAGGAAACAUUUUAAAACACGAAGAAGAGUUUACUUCUUCAUGUUAGCUACAAAUAUUGUCCUUGUAUGAAAAAACAAUGCCUUUAUAAGCUUCUGAAGAAUUUUGAAUCUGCGGAAAAGUUUUCACUAAAGCAUUACUAUAACUAUGCCAAUUGCAAUUAUAUUUAGAUUAAAGACAAUUACGUAGGUUGUGUGUACUUUUUUAAUAAUGUAUAUAUAAUUGAUCAUCUCUACGAUUUAGUAAUAUGUUACCAAAAUACUGACCUAAAUUAUUGUAUUUUUUGAGAAAUGAAUAAAAUACUUGGAAACAAUUAUC